AUGGAUUGUAGGGACGAUGAUGACCCUGCUAGGUCGCAUCGUCCACUUACUGGUCUCGACUUUCUGAGAGGCGGUCCGCCUACCGCCACGCCUGAAAGAGAUCCGCCUGUGCAGCCCCCAGUUACCAACAACGAACCAACGGCAAGCACGGAGCCCUGGCCGGAUUUUAACCAGCGGCAACAGCUGAGCGAUCCGCCUGUGGAAGAGUCGCCCACUAGAGCGACCGGGCGCGUCGCAACUCCCACGGUCAGUGCUGUCCGAAGCGCAGGCGUCUCCCGGUUCCCGAAGUUCGGGAAGUUCACUCAAUCGACUAUUCGGUUUGCUCGAACUCGCGUACCUCAUGUGCGCCUCACGCAAGGAAGGUCGCCCUCUCCCGCAGCUGCUGCUACUCCGCUGACUCCAGCGACUGGCACGAGCAGGGUGCCUUCUGAUCCAGGGCCGUCCAGGCCGUCUAUUUUGGUUCCGGAUCCUGACGCGCUUCUCGAAGAACUGAAGAAGAAGUGCACCGACAUCUGGCAACUUCGUUUCCCUUGGCUGCUGAUAUCACAAAGGAAGGAUGGUCGCCCGUGCAUGAAGUGCAGUGUCUGCAUCAGAUACGGACCGCCACACUGGCAGUACGGCAAGGCGGGCGAGGGUGGCGUGGACAUCCAGAAGCAGACCAUGCGCAAGCAUGGUCUGAGUCGCAAGCAUCAGGACGCCCUCGAUCGUAAAGCCCGAGCCGAAGGAGGUAAAGUUGCUCAACGAGGGAUUGAUGAGUAUGAGGACGGGGUGGGGGAGAUUGAGCGUUUGAAACAACUUCUAUUAGUGGUGCUUUUCAUAUGCAAGUCGGAUGCACCUAUUGCGCUCUUUGUUGGCCUUGUGCACCUGCUACACGUUCUGAAGACCCCCAACAUUCCCGACAAGGCCAUCGGCACCUACCAGACAGAAGAAGCUCUCGCAGCCAAGGAUGCCGCGAUGAACAUCCCCGCCUUCAACAUCGUCGACCAAGGGAUCCGCGCCAUCGCGACCCUCAUUGGCGGAAGCUGCGUCGUCCACCAGAGGUUCCACGAGCUGCAAACCGUGAUUCACGCCACGAACUUGGAGAUGCAGGGGAUUUUCGAUGUUCGCUGGCUGUCGCGGGGCGAUGCUGUUUCGAGACUUGUCGCUGUGCAAAACACCUGCGAGAAGUUGAACGCGCGCUAUGUGGAGUACGGGGUGAACUUCGCGGAGGACAGCGAGCACCUCACUGCCUUCCUCGAAGCGCACUCCCAUCCGUCCAAGCGGGUGGUCCAGGUGGAGGGGAUGGAUGGAGACGGCAACGCCGUCAAACACACCUUCAAGCUGCACGAGCUGGAUGCGAAGAAGAAAGAGGAUCCCUCGGGUGACGUCGAGUCCUGCGUGUCCCUCGCCACCCUGUUUGCGAAGGAGGUGAUCGGCAGGCUACAGUACCGCAUGCGAAGCUUGAAGUCCCUCGUUGGGUCCAAGCUAUUUCUGCCAGACGCCUAUCCGGAUGGCGUGAACAAGCGCGACCGUCUGUGCGCGGAGUGGUUCAGCUCCCUUCGCAAGAUGUUCAACGCCGAGCAGUGCGCUCUGCCAGGUACGUGUUUUCAAAUUCCGCGUUGUCCCUAA